UGUGAACGUGUGCUAACAGCAACCGUGCGGGUGCAACAAUAAAAAUAUUCCUUGUAUUGUUUUACAAUUCUUUUUUGUUCACCAACUAACGAGUGAAAUUCAGAAGCCAAUAAAGGUUUAAACUGUGAAUUCGUGGCAUGUUGAAUCGAUGGCAAAGCAAACCAAUUAAAUAUUCGAGCAACAAGUUAUUUACACAAAAAUGAAAUAAAAAAUACGCUGCUGACAAGCGAUAUAAAGAGUGUAAAGCAAUGCGAUCGGAUUACAAGUAGUAUCAACGGUCAAACACUUUAAAUGAAGCAUAAAAUCUCGCUCAUGAAGUUUUUAGUUUUUAUUCAACAAUCUCUUAAACUUGUUUAUGUGAACCUCUGUCUGCGGCGUCGUUUGUAUUACAUAUUUGUUUAGCAGGUGUGUCAAAAUAGCUAACAAAUAUUAUUUACCUUAAAGAUUUACUGACGUAGUGCCGACGUGUGUACAUACGAGUAGGAGCAGAAACUUAUCUCUUUUAGCAUGACUGACUAGAGGUUAUUAGAAUGUGUUUGGAGUCUGAUUUAUGUCAUUGACUAAAAUUGGAUUUAGAUGCCACAGUCCAAUUAGCGUCUGAUUGCCGGCAAAUAAUACUGGGAAUUAUACACAAUGCAAGAACAAAUUGUAUUCAUCAAAUAUAAACAAGAAAAUUUGAACAAAAUGACUAAGAGUCGAGAGAUCGUACAAUAAUCAUUGCAAAAUGAACAACUAUUUGAAGAACAUGCACUGGUCAAAGUGUAUUGCCGUGGCAUUAUUCUUACUUCUGAUAUUUGUAACCGUGAUUGGCAAUAUGCUCGUUAUAUUGUCUGUGCUGACCACACGAAGGCUUCGCACGGUUACUAAUUGUUUUGUGAUGAGUUUGGCCGUCGCGGAUUUACUUGUCGGCAUUUUCGUGAUGCCUCCAGCAGUUGCUCUAUAUGUCAUCGGUUCAUGGCAACUUGGGUGGACGCUCUGUGAUAUUUGGAUAUUCUUUGAUAUAUUGCUUUGCACCGCAUCCAUUCUCAGUUUAUGUGCCAUAAGUUUGGACAGGUAUCUUGCAGUCACACAGCCGUUGACAUAUUCAAAAAAGUGGCGUUGCAAACGAUUGGCCCUGUUAAUGAUUCUUGGCGUUUGGUUACUGGCCUUCGUUAUUACAUGUCCACCCAUGCUCGGCUGGUAUGAACCAGGCAGGAAUCGACAACAACAGGACUUUGUCGACUGUCGUUACAAUCAAAACAAAGGAUAUGUCGUUUACUCAGCUAUGGGCUCCUUCUUUAUACCGCUGACAGUCAUGUUGUAUGUGUACGUUAGGAUUGGUUAUGUCCUCACAUCACGUCGAGCUCACAUUGUACGCGAUGCGAAUACAGAACGCACUGCUGAGUACGAGGUGGAUGGUGAGCAUUUCAUCUCAGAAUCGGAACAGUAUCGUUGCAAUCCUCACAAAUGUUUGCCCUGCUGUGAGGCACGUUGCAGUGUCAUCCGCACCCAAGCGAAUCCCAUAUUCAGCACCAACAACGUGAAGUGCACCAAAUGUCAGGAGACAAAGUUUGCGGAUAAGAAAAUGAAACUGAAACAUCAACCCACAUUCUAUGAGCUUAUGGAGAUAUCCCGCGUCUCGUCAUUGAUGCAGUGUACAGGAAAUAAUUGCAGAUAUCACACACGCUGUGCCUCAGCAAUGUCACUGCCAGCAUUAUAUUAUAAUGAGAGCUCAUCGGUGGGCACAUCGACAAACAGCAAAGUGGCCGAUCGAUCAAGCAACAAUUCGCAACGGAUGAGGCGACCCAUGGCUAGCCAUCGGGUCCCGAUGCGAGUGUCGACAAAGACUAAGAGCUCGAAAACAACAAAAACUCUGACGAUUGUCAUGGGAGGUUUGAUCGCAUGCUGGACGCCAUUUUUUGUGUAUUAUCUGUUGAUACCCUUUUUGCCGCAGUUGAAAAAGCUCGAGGGUCUAAUGUCCUUUUUCACAUGGGUGGGCUGGGUUAACUGUGCCAUUAAUCCUUUCAUUUAUGCCUUCAACCCCGACUUCCGUGCUGCCUUCUGGCGUUUGACAUGUCGGAGAAUCUGUAAGCAGAAACUGCCGCGAAAUCAUAUGAAUAUGUUUCGUGCCUGAAAAACGCACAAAAUGAAAUCAACAACCAUUCUUACCAUAUACAUACAUAUAUUUAUUUGAUAGGAUAUUCAUAGCCGAAGCAAAACCCACACAAAACACAAGUAAAAUACAAUUUAUUUAAAUGUUUGUACUUAAGCAUACUUUGUAUUAUCUAACACUAAGUUUAUUUAUAAUAAAA